CAAAAUGAGACGCGAAAAGCAGCUCGAGAAACAGAUGACUGCUGUGGAAGGACAGCAUAGCUGCGUUCCUUGUUAAAUUUAGAAUAACAAUCGAAAACAUUCUCUACAGCUACAAAGAAUAUGGACAAUAGUAAGCGGAAUGUAGUUGUAACAGGGUUUGAGCCAUUUGGAACGCAUACCAUUAAUGCCAGUUGGGUAGCAGUCCAGGAACUGAAAAAGCUGGGCUUGGGAAAGGACGUAGACUUGCAUGUGCAUGAGGUGCCUGUCGAGUACCAGGCGGUCCAGAGUUUGGUUCCAUCACUAUGGAAGCAGUAUCAUCCCCAGUUAGUGGUCCAUGUUGGUGUCUCAGGUAUGGCCACCACCGUUACCUUGGAGAAAUGUGGCCGUAACCAUGGCUACAAGGGUCUGGACAACAGCCGCUUCUGUCCCCAUUCUCAUUGUUGCAUUGAGGGGGGUCCUGACUGCAUUGACUCUGUUAUUGACAUGGAAUCGGUCUGCAAGAGAGUGACAGCCUCUGGCCUAGGUGUAGCAGUGUCCGUCUCAAAAGAUGCUGGCAGGUACCUCUGUGACUUCACCUACUACACCUCUCUGUACCUAAGCCAUGGGCGCUCAGCGUUCAUCCACGUGCCUCCCAUAGCAAAGCCUUAUAGUGGAGAGGAUUUGGGUAGAGCCCUUCAAGCCAUCGUACAAGAGAUGCUGGACAUGCUGGACCAAGCCAAAGAGAAGAUCCACUGCCAGCACGUGCACUAACUGAGCUGCGAAAGCCAACUGCCUUUACCCCCUUACACACAGGAGAUAUUAUGCACUUAAACCACAAAUAACGGUUUUAUUUUAUUACCUCUUACCUCUUCUGGUGCAAAUUAGAAAAUGGCAACGAAACAGACACUUCCAGUUGACUUAUUUCACAGAAAUGUUUUCACCUUCUUCAUUGAUGUUGCCUCAAGCUCUUGACCUGGCCCAACAGGUUUUUUUUUAAUUUUUUUUAUCUUAGUGGUUAUGGAUAGAAGUGAGGUGAGUAAAGCUGAUCCAGGUUUAGUGUUUAGGUGUAACUUGAGCUUUCUCCACAUCCUGUCUACAUAGCAAGAGGACCCAUUGCCUCCAUGUUCUGGGGAAUUGAACUGGAAUUACUGGAAUUGACAGAAGUGAGCCACCUGCUUGUGUUAAGAGUGCUACUCUUUUUGAAUCUGUUGGUUUCAUGGUUUUGGCUCUUUAUCCAUACUUACACUGUAAUCUCAGAAACAGUGUAUGGAAAAGCCCUUUUCUACAUCAACUCACUGUACCAGAUCCACAUUAUUUAUUGGUGUCUUUCCUUUUUCCUUUUAGUUAUUUUAAGGGGAAUUUCUGCCUUUGGUUGUUAAUCAUCAUCUUAAAAGAGUUGUUUUUCUUACCCGCUUUUUCAUUGAAGUCUUAGGCAUCCACUUGUUGGUGCUACUUAAGUCAUGCUGUAGCUCAGUUGGUAGAGCAUGGCGCUUGCAACGCCAGGGUUGUGGGUUUGAUUCCCACAGGGGACCAGUAUG